AUGUUUAGAGAUGUAAUAGGAGAUCUGGGCUUCAUGAACUGGCCGCCGGAGAUGAAAUUUUCCGUUGAAAUUCCGGUCAAUUUUGAAAACCUUACCGAUUUGUGCCACCCACUUGGAAAUUUUUUCUAUUCAGACUCGGCCGUUACUUCUGUAUUUACCGCGGCUUGUUCCUUUCUCGUGCUUAGUCUACCUGCAUGGCUACUUUAUUGUAAGAAAAAGAAGAAAAUCGAUGGUUUAGUUAUUGCACCAAUGAUUACUAGGAGUGAGGCUGCAGGAGACUCGCCGGAGCAGUUGACCUUCGAACCCGUGGACAGCGACGUUUCUGAUGCGGAAUAUGCAGAAGAAUUGCAGUUCCAAGAAGCUGUACUGGCUUCUAUCCUAGCUUCUAAAAUAGAAAACACGGCAACUACAUCCCUCCAAGGAGGCCUAAUUAUGUAUACCAAACCGGUGGAGGUGGAAAAUGAAGUCAUGAAUUCACUCACAAGCUUCUGUGAAAUUUGUUUGGAAAAUAAAGAAAGCUGGCAGAUGUUCACGAAUGAUAGUUGUUCCCACUCGUUUUGCUAUGACUGCACUAGUAAGCAUAUAAUGUCAAGGAUAGAAGACAGGGUAAAAAUUAUCUACUGCCCUGCACUCAAUUGCAACACCACACUAGACGCUGAUACAUGCAGGCUGAUGAUCCCAAACGACGCACUCAUACAGUGGGAUGAGUCACUCUGCCAGUCACUGAUCCCCGAAUCCCAGAAAGUGUACUGUCCUUUUAAUGACUGUUCAGCCAUGUUUGUCAAUGAUUCUCGGGCCCUCAUUACAGAGGUAAAGUGCCUCGUAUGUCACAGAUCAUUUUGUGCAAAGUGUCGGGUUCCAUGGCAUCCGGAGUUCACCUGCAAGGAAUUCCAGAAGUUGUACUCCAAAAGCGGAGGGAAAGACGAAGUGAUGGUUAAGACUCUUGCGAAGAAGAAAAGUUGGCAGAAAUGUCCCAAAUGCAAGAUGUACGUCGAAAAGAGCGAUGGUUGUAUACACAUAACAUGCAGGUGCACAUACGAGUUUUGCUACCAAUGCGGAUCAAAGUGGACUGGAUCUCAUUCCGGUUGCCACCGGAAUGGUUGA